CUUCAUAUAUGAACAAGCAAAGCUGCCUCUCUUUUUUUGGUCACUUUUUUUUUCAACUCAUUGAUCGAUAUGGGCUUUGAUGAUUUGUUGUCUCCAUUUUGGGAUUGUAGUGUUGGCCAAGACAAUGAUGAUGCAACCUUUUGGGAUUUGUUCGUGGAAGACAAUGAAGCUUGGAACAAUGAAGCCUGGAACAAUAGUGAAGGAGAUGAUGGUGUCUUUUGGAACUCCUGCAAUGAUGAUGAUGAUAACAUUGCCUUUUGCAAGCUUUUCGAGGAAGACGAUGAUGGGUCAACUCUGAAUCAUGGUCAAGUUUAUGAUCCUAUCUUUGAUUAUGAAUUUGACCAUGAUACUGGUAUCUAUUCGGAUGAGUAUGAUAGUGAUUUUGGUAUCUAUUAUGAUGGCUUUUAAAUAGUAAAAACAUUAUCUUUAUUCACUAUAAGAGAGACGAUUGUAUGGGCAAUGGCAUGAAAACCAAACUUUUACGGAGUAUUUAGUAAGCUAUAAAAUCUAAUUCGGUUUAUUGAGUUAACUUGUUUUCGCAAGAAGUUACUUCAUCACAUUUGUAGAACUUGUCUGCCAUACGAGUUAAUCUUUUGUUCAUAUUAUGCUAUGUUCAUAUUAUGCCAUACGUAGGAACAAAUGCACUAGUCUAUG